CAACGAGGUGAAUUUCUUUUCUACUUGCCAAACCAUCGGCCCAUCUCGCGACACAUCCUUUCCACCACAUCCAUCCCCAUCACGAUCGCGAUCACCUCUUCUUGUGUUCGCGUUCAGUGCCUUUCGACGCGCAUUAGGGCGUGUAGCCUGGUGUGCUUAACUGUACUUGCCUUACUCAAAUCUCGAACAACCUCACACGAUGGCACCGCGAUCCUCUCGCGCCAGCGGCGCCGACACCGACACCUCCAUGGCGGAUGCCUCUGAACCCAUCCGUCAACUUCCUGUUGACCCAAUGGAAGUUGACGAGACCCCCGACUACACCGAGGAUUCAGAUACCAACCCCAAUACAACUGCAAGCAGUGUUGUUGGGGACUCUCUCAACAUGGACGGCCGCAAGCGCAGAUCAGAAGCUACACAACUUCGACGCAGUGUCUUUGGCAAGAAGCAUGACGUUCUGGGCGAGAAUAAGGAAGAUGACUCCAUUCGACGCUUUCGAUACUUAUUAGGCUUGACCGACCUCUUCAGGCAUUUCAUUGAGACAAAUCCCAAUCCUCGAAUCCAAGAGAUCAUGCACGAAAUCGAUCGACAGAAUGCAGAGGCUGAGAAGGUCAAGAAGGGCCGAGAUAGGCAAGGUGGCGCGGCCAACGAGCGACGCCGAAGAACUGAGGCAGAAGAAGACGCGGAGCUCCUGAAGGAUGAGAAAGUAGGGGGCUCUGCCGAGACGGUAUUCAGAGAAUCUCCAGGAUUUAUCCAUGGUCUCAUGCGAGACUAUCAAGUUGCGGGACUCAAUUGGCUUAUUUCGUUGCAUGAGAAUGGUAUCUCUGGUAUCCUUGCCGAUGAGAUGGGUCUAGGCAAGACUCUUCAGACCAUUUCUUUCCUGGGAUACUUGAGACAUAUCAUGGGCAUCACUGGUCCGCAUCUCAUCACGGUUCCCAAAUCGACACUCGACAAUUGGAAGAGAGAGUUUGAGAAGUGGACCCCGGAGGUUAAUGUCUUAGUCCUUCAAGGUGCUAAGGAAGAGCGCCAUCAGCUUAUCAACGAUCGUCUCAUUGAUGAGAAGUUCGAUGUCUGCAUCACAAGUUACGAGAUGAUCCUACGAGAGAAGGCGCAUCUCAAAAAAUUUGCCUGGGAAUAUAUCAUCAUUGAUGAGGCACACCGUAUUAAGAAUGAGGAGUCAUCGUUGGCUCAGGUCAUCCGUCUCUUCAAUUCCAGAAAUCGAUUGUUGAUUACGGGUACUCCCCUUCAAAACAAUUUACAUGAGCUCUGGGCACUGCUCAAUUUCCUGCUUCCAGAUGUCUUUGGCGAAUCUGAAGCCUUUGACCAAUGGUUUUCAGGGCAAGGAGAGGAUCAAGAUACAGUUGUGCAGCAACUACAUCGUGUACUUCGACCCUUCCUGCUUCGACGUGUCAAGAGCGAUGUCGAGAAGAGUCUUCUUCCGAAGAAGGAAAUCAACUUGUACAUCGGUAUGUCUGACAUGCAAGUCCAAUGGUAUAAGAAAAUUUUGGAGAAGGAUAUCGAUGCUGUUAACGGUGCAGGUGGAAAGCGCGAGUCAAAGACCAGACUCUUGAAUAUCGUCAUGCAACUUCGGAAGUGCUGCAAUCACCCCUAUCUUUUCGAAGGCGCUGAACCAGGACCGCCAUAUACAACCGACACUCAUCUCAUCACCAACGCUGGAAAGAUGGUGAUGCUCGACAGAUUACUUGUCCGUCUUCAAAAGGAGGGCAGCCGUGUUUUGAUAUUCUCUCAGAUGAGCCGAUUACUCGACAUCCUUGAAGAUUACUGUGUCUUUCGAGAGUUCAAGUACUGCCGUAUUGAUGGUGGAACUGCGCACGAGGAUCGUAUUGCUGCCAUCGACGAGUACAACAAGCCCGGCUCAGAGAAAUUUGUCUUCCUUUUGACUACCCGAGCAGGUGGUCUUGGCAUCAACUUGACCAGCGCCGACAUAGUUGUGCUUUACGACAGUGAUUGGAAUCCCCAGGCCGAUCUACAAGCUAUGGACCGAGCUCAUCGUAUUGGUCAAACCAAGCAGGUUGUUGUAUACAGAUUUGUCACCGAAAAUGCCAUCGAGGAGAAGGUGCUCGAGCGUGCUGCUCAGAAACUUCGUCUUGAUCAAUUGGUCAUUCAGCAAGGUCGUGCUCAAGCUGCUGCUAAAGCUGCUGCAAACAAGGAUGAGUUGCUCAGUAUGAUCCAGCAUGGUGCGGAGAAGGUUUUCCAAUCCAAGGGACCCACUGGAGCUCUGGCAGAGAAAGGAACCGACCUCACUGAUGAUGACAUUGACGCCAUCUUGAAGCAUGGCGAGAAGCGGACCGCCGAACUGAACGCCCGAUACGAGAAGCUUGGAAUUGAUGAUCUUCAAAAGUUCACGUCCGAAUCAGCGUAUGAAUGGAAUGGUCAAGACUUCACCAACAAGAAGAAGGAGAUUGGCAUGAGCUGGAUCAAUCCUGCUAAGCGUGAGCGAAAAGACACGUCGUAUUCCAUGGACAAGUACUAUAAGCAGGCGCUGUCAACUGGCGGUCGGGUUGCGGAUACGAAGCCCAAGGCCCCUCGUCCCCCGAAGCAGAUUCUUGUCCACGACUAUCAAUUUUUCCCACCCAUGCUCCGAGAGCUUCAGGAUCGCGAGACUGCAAACUUCCAGAGGGAGCAAGGCUUCAAGGUCGAGCUCGCCCCUGGUACGGAGGAAGAUUUGUCCGAUCGUGAAGCUGAACGAGCUAUUGAUCAAGCUGAGAUUGACAAUGCCACUCCACUCACAGAAGAAGAGAAAGAGGAGAAGCAACGUUUGAGCGAGCAAGGCUUCGCCGAUUGGAAUCGACGAGACUUCCAACAAUUUGUCAAUGGCUCCGCCAAGUAUGGCCGAAAAGAUUACGAUGCCAUUGCAGACGAAGUUGAUAGCAAGACAGCAGAUGAGAUCAAGGCCUAUGCUAAGGUCUUUUGGCAACGAUACACAGAGAUUGCUGAUUACAACAAGUACAUCAGCUUAAUCGAGGCUGGAGAGGAGAAGACUAGGAAGAUGGAACAUCAACGAAAGAUGUUGCGCAAGAAGAUGCAGCAAUAUCGCGUCCCUCUUCAGCAACUGAAGAUCAAUUAUUCAGUCUCCACAACAAACAAGAAGGUUUACACGGAGGAAGAAGAUCGAUUCUUACUUGUUCUCCUAGACAAAUACGGUGUCGAUACCGAAGGCAUAUUUGAUCGUAUUCGGGAUGAUAUUCGCGAGAGUCCUCUCUUCCGCUUUGAUUGGUUUUUUUUGAGCCGAACUCCAAUCGAGAUUAGCAGACGUUGCACCACCCUUCUCACAACCGUUGCUCGUGAAUUCGAAGACGCAUCUGUCCCGAAGACCACCAACGGAGCUGCCAAUGGCAAGAACAAGAGAGAACCAGAAGAUGAUGAGAAUGAUGAAGAUAGUGUUCUGGGUAUGGCGCCUGCCAAGAAAAAGACCAAGAACGGUGUGAAGAACAAGGCUCUUGACAACAUCAAGUCCGGUGCAGGAAGCAAAGCCACUUCAGCAGCACCAUCUUCUAGAGCGUCGAGUGUCAUGUCCACAGCCUCCAGCCCUGCCGCCCCUGCUUCCAAAGGCAAGGGCAAGGGGAAGAAGAAGUAGAAUUUUCCGAGGAACAUGUAACGAAUGGUUUCCUUCAAAUUUGUGUACGAGUCAAAAAUCGGUGGGCAAGGGGCGUCAAACAAGAAACGGGUAGUGUCAUUGAGGGGCGUAUUAAAGGGUGGAUUUUUGAUCUCAUGAUAUGACCUCCACUGGGAAAUUCUUCAUGUAACUUAUACCGCAUUGCUUUUGGCCACAAGUACCUAGAUCAAUAUAGAUCGAUACUGACAGAAG